AUGUCUCCCAACACGCCCACCUACCUGGCCUAUCAACACGAUGCCAAACUCCUCCAACUCGAAACCACCAUCCAGUCCAUUCAGCCCAUCUCGGCCCUUCAUGAGAUCAAUCAAUCUCUCUUCAAAACCGCCCAGGAAGAUGACUACAUUAUCGUGACCAAAGAAACCAUCUUCCACCCCCAAGGUGGCGGUCAGCCCUCGGAUGAAGGCUACAUCUUCCUUGCCAAUCCCACCACCACCAGCACUUCUUCUUCUCCUUCUCCCCCUUCUCUCAACGACGCCGAUGCAAUCUUCCAAGUCCUCUCCGCCCGAAUGGACGCCACAAACAACGGCCAAGUCCUCCACCUCAUCCGACCCACGUCCACGUCCACAAAUCCUUCAUCCCCCCCUCCCCCCAACACCCCCAUCAUCCAAAAAGUCGACGCCGCCAAACGCCUCCUCUACUCCCGCCUCCACACAGCCGGCCACGUCCUCGGCUCCGCCGUACGCCACUUACUCGAAUCCCAAGUCCCAGACUUUGACGAGCUCAAGGCGUCGCAUUUCCCCGACAGCGCCUCGUGCGAGUUCCGCGGCAGUAUCGGCGGAGAGUGGAAGGAGGCGAUCCAGACGCGGGUGAACGAGUAUAUUGCACGGGGGAUGCCGGUGGAGAUUGAGUUCUGGGAUGAAGCGGAUUUCACGCGCGAAGGACUGGAGCAUUUACGGCCUGAUCGGAGUCUGUUGGCGCUGGGUGAGGAGAAGUUUCGAGUGGUGCGGAUUGUUGGGGCGGAGGUGUAUCCUUGUGGGGGGACGCAUGUUGAGACGACGGAUCGAUGUGGGGAGACGGUGGUGAAGAAGAUUUCGAGGAGUAAGGGGAAUAGUCGGGUGAGUUAUGCGGUUGUGUAG